AUGAAUACUGCUAUUAGAAAACGACAACGACAAAGGAAAGAUUAUAUCUACCGCAGAGCAGUAACCCUUCGAGAUGCCGAGAUAGCAGAAAAACGAUCAAAGCUUCGAGCAUCAUUAGCUUCUGGCAAGCCUCUUGACCCUUCGAUCGCAAACGACAAGAAGCUACGGGAGGACUACAAGUACGAUGAAUCCAAAGCAGAUUUGAGCGCAAACGACGCCCUAGAUUUGGAUGAUGAAUACGCUCAAUUAUCUGGGAUCGUAGACCCUCGAGUACUCGUCACAACCUCGCGAGACCCCUCAACAAGACUGUCUUCAUUUGCAAAGGAAAUCCGAUUGCUUCUCCCAACAUCCAUACGACUCAACAGAGGAAAUCUUAUCCUACCCAACCUCGUUUCCUCCGCACAAGCAUCAGGUCUUUCAGAUAUCGUCCUGCUGCACGAGCACAGAGGUGUUCCAACGGCCCUGACAUUAUCCCACUUCCCUCACGGUCCGACAGUCUCCUUCUCCCUUCACAACGUCGUCCUCCGCCACGAUAUCCCAAACAGCUCGCGAGGCACAGUCAGCGAAUCCUAUCCACACCUGAUCUUUGAAGGCUUCACAUCCAAGCUCGGUCUGCGCAUGGUCCGGAUCCUGAAGCACAUCUUCCCACCUCGGGAAGCCAUCACCAACAAAACGAAAGUCGGAAGCAGAGUCGUGACGUUCAAGAACAUCGAGGAUAGUAUUGAAGUCCGCCAUCAUGUUUUCGUAAGAACCGGAUACCAGAGUGUGGAGUUGGCAGAGGUUGGACCGCGAAUGACAAUGCGCUGUUUCGAGAUCAGAGGGGGAACGCUGGAAAAUAAGGAUGGUGAUGUUGAGUGGCGCUUGAACCAGUACACAAGAACGAGCCGAAAGAAAGAUUACUUGUGA